CACCAGACGAGCAUCACACAGACAAAACUUUAGACAUUAGGAGAAACCUCGUAGUUUUAGGUGAUUUGUGUGCUUCGCCAUGGGUCUGACCAUCUCGUCGCUCUUUAGCAGGCUGUUUGGAAAGAAACAGAUGAGAAUUCUCAUGGUGGGUCUGGAUGCUGCAGGGAAAACCACAAUAUUGUACAAACUGAAACUUGGCGAAAUCGUGACCACAAUUCCAACAAUAGGUUUUAAUGUAGAGACUGUUGAAUACAAGAACAUCUGCUUCACUGUGUGGGACGUCGGCGGUCAGGACAAGAUUCGUCCCCUGUGGAGACACUAUUUUCAGAACACACAGGGUUUAAUCUUUGUAGUGGACAGCAAUGACAGAGAGAGAGUAGCAGAAUCUGCAGAGGAGCUUUCUAAAAUGUUGCAGGAAGAUGAACUGAGGGAUGCCGUGCUUCUGGUUUUUGCAAACAAACAGGAUCUGCCUAACGCCAUGGCUGUCAGUGAACUCACAGACAAACUCGGCCUGCAGAGCCUACGCAGCAGAACGUGGUAUGUUCAAGCAACCUGCGCAACACAGGGCACUGGACUCUAUGAAGGACUGGACUGGUUAUCAAAUGAGCUCUCCAAACGCUAGUGUGUGCCUUUUAGGGUCCUAGAUGGUGCGUAUAAACCAAUGGAAAAGCUAGAGACUCCUCUUAGAAUUGAAUUAAGUGUGUGUGUGUGUGUGUGUGUGUGUGUGGCACAGCGGGAAGCUGGAGAAAAACCAUCAAAAACUCUGCGCUCUUUUCUACAACACACUCUUUUGCCCACGUUUAUCUGUUUCUUUUUAUUUUAUUUCGUUCAGACAAAAACAGCUUUUUAAAAAUAAUUUUGCUGCAUUUACAGUUUUUCAGGAGGGCGUCAAGCAAAACCAGAAACACUGGAGUGUUUGAUCAGUGAGUUAUUGGUUUUGCUAUUGGAUUGUUUUGCUGGAAAUUUGUGUUAAGGAGAUUGUCGUUAAGCUCACUGGAGGUCAGUAAUAUUUCAUUCACAACAUGUGGAGUCGACUGGCGAAUCAAAGCCAUUCAUUUCCAUCAAUCCUACUAGAUAUGCAAUGUUGUAAAGUCUGUUACAUUGCGUUAUCCGCUGUAGAGUCUCGUGGUCCUUCUAAACAUUAUCUGCAUGAGUUAACUUCAUUCUGGAUCUCAGUUUCCAACAUUAGCAGCACAUGGCAUGAAUGGCAUGAAAAGGUUCACUUUCUUUUUAUAGGUUUGCUUCCCUCUCAAUCCGUUGUGGUUUGUGGCAAAUGUUUGAGUGACCCAGAACACAGGUUUUAAUGUAGGAAGGGGUCAAAGGGAACGGGAUGUCCUUUAGCCACGGCGACGCAAUGAAAUUCUUUUCAUUUAUGAUUUGAAGUUACAAUUGACGUGUUUAAUGUCCAAAACGUUCCGCUCGGGCGAGUUUCUUGAGCUUAUCAUUAUUGGUGAUUGAAUGUGACUUCUGAAUGCAGACUUAACGUUAUCGAUGAAUUCCAUGUCUGGUUGAAAUGGUUUGCUUUCUUAAACUUAUGUGUAACAGAUACAAUCUAUUUUACCCUAAUAUCAUUAUAAAUUUGUUUGUGUAUUAUAUGUAUGAUAUUGUUUUAGAAUAAAAGAUAAUCAUGACC